AUGAAUGCUGGGCGCAUUGGGGUUGCCGACGGGUGCCCUGUUGCUGCAGCUGCUGCUGCCGCUGCUACCUGCCUCCGUCCCAGUUGCCAAUUUUUCGUGUCGUGGAAGAAUGUUUGGAAGGAGCCAUGUCGUGGCUCUACUUUGCGCUAUCGUCUGAUGAUUGACCGCGAACGCGUGCUUCAAUUCAUCCUCCGUCUUUCUGUCCGCUUUACUGCCUUCAUCAACAAGGCUCUCUUCCUCCUCCUCCUCCUCCUCCUCCUCCUGCUCUCCUUCCUCCCAUCUGCUCCCAUAUUCUUCCAAUCAUCAUCUUGUUGGCAUGGUGGUGGUGGUGGUGGUGGUGGUGGUGGUGAUGACGGUCAUCUAUCGACCGGUCUCCCAACGCGAGAGAGCGAUCGAGCGAAAGAGGAGGAGGAGGAGGAGGAGGAGAAGAAUAUUAUAACGAUGGAGAAGAAUGCUGCUAGGUGGAUGGAUUUCUGCGAUGUCGUGGGGCAAGGCUUGUGGAUUCAUAAAUUGAAGGCAUGGCGCAUUGGAGGAACGUCGGGCAUCAAUGCGUGGGUGCUAAUGGUAAAGGUAUCCGUUGGACUUCAACCGUGGUACUCCUCGGCGGCGGCGGUGUCGUCGUCGUCGCAACGAAGGGUUGUUGAGACGACGAUGGGUCUUCUGUUGGUGUGGAGUUGUGUGGCCUUGGUGCUUGUGCGCUGCGACCUUGCAUUGAGUAUUUGGACGGCGCCAGUCCCACUCGGCGGUGUAAGUAGUGCAGUUGUGGGUUGUUGA